AUGAGCACCAACAGCACUCACGAAGCCACAGAGACGCCUGCACCGCGCCGCUCGCCGCCUCGUCGCCGCAUCGCCUCCGGCGAGCUCCUCUUCGUCCGCCUCGAAACUCCGCGCACCUUGCCCGCCUACCCAUCGUUCCGCAACCGCCUGGCAGCGACAGACACCUGGAACAACCAUAAUUCCGGCGAGGCUCUUUCCCCCGCGGCCAGCUCGCCUCGCUACUCCACCUCCCCUUGGCACCCUGACAGCGAGUUUUCCUUCGACCGCGCCGACUCGAUCGCCAGUACCUCCUACAGCAAUACGUCCUUGGCCUCCUCAACCACCAGCAAGCGGCGCCACUCAACCAGUUCGAGCGAUACCUUGAGCUGGCGCGAAAAGCAGGCGAGGCAAUCGGCGGCGGCUGAAGCGGUCAGGGAAGCAGUCUCGAAAGGCACGCUCGACGCCAACUCGUACACGGACGGCCAGCUCUACAGCAUCAAGGCGGAAGCGGAGAAGCACAGCACGGCGCCGGCGAGGGAUGAGGGCGGAGGUUCGCACAAAGGCAAGAAGCGCAGGAGGACGAGUGGGCUCGAAGGUCGCGAGGGACAGAUCGCUCACGCCGUCAAGAUCAGGCGCUUGGAGGAGCCGCCGCAUAACGAAGCGGACUCCGAGGAUGGGUCGGCGGAGCGGGUCGAGGAGGUCGAGGUCGACCUGACGAAGCUGCUGGGCAUGUAG